UUAUUUGGAUAUAACCUCGAUCAGAAAGUUGAAUAAACUUGUACUGCACAAUGUUUCCGUUGAUGACUGAACCUUAUCUUGGGAGUGGCGUCGGCGGCAACUGCCAAGAUUCUUUGUGAAACCGUGAGUAGCCGAUAAUGCGCGUAUCCUGUAUUUCACAAUUGGAUUACUUCGACAGUGAACCCGUCGUUUCCAUGUUAGUAUCGUAGUUCGCGCCGCGUAAUCAUGGUCAGCCGCGCGUCCUCCACGCCAGAACAUGUCACCAAUGAAGCCUUUGUACAUCGCAUUUCCGAUAGCGACGAAUCAGGUGAAGAAGAUCCGCUCAGUGCCCUCUGGAUAUCCAAUAAAUCUUCAGGUAAACGCCCUGUCGAGAAUGAAACUGAUGCGGAUUCAUUCAAGAAAAGAAAAGUUUCCGAAAAUCCUACUGAACUUCAUGUAACCGAGUGUGGAGAGAAUCUUCAUGAUAGCUCAUUAUUUCGGAAGGCUUCUCCUAUUAAUAUUUUCUUGACGAAAGUGGUUGAUCUGCCGGCAACUCAUGUUGAGAAUCACUCGGCGAAAUUUUCAGAUAUAAUCAGUGCUCGUAUCGGGAAGCUGAAAAAAUCCAUGCAGAUGGCGAUGCUUGUAUCUGUUCCGUGGGUUUUAGAGGUUUAUAGGCAGGGUACAAAUGUGGAUCAUGACAUAACGAUCGUCGGACAAGCGCAUCAGGUGGCCCAUAGUAAAAGAUUGCCUAACGUCACUGUCGUAGAGAUCCGUCCGAAAGAAGUUUUUGGAUCACAUCACACCAAAAUGAUGCUCUUGGAGUAUGAAAAUUGCUUGAGAGUUGUCGUUCAUACUGCGAACCUCGUCCCGGAAGAUUGGUAUAAUAGAACUCAGGGACUUUGGAUCAGCCCUCUGUUUCCUCGAAUUCCUGUCAAUGAAUCUUUGGACAAGAAAAGUAAAGAUUCAAAAACUCACUUCAAGCGUGACCUCAUGCGGUACAUUUCGGCGUACGAUGUCCUUGAAGUCAAGAUAUGGAAUGACACAAUUAUCGAGUACGACUUCACAGCAGCCAACUCCAUCGGCCCGAAAUACGGACUGGAAUAUGUUUCCCACAUUUUAAAAUUACACGGUGGAUCUUACGGAACGUGGCCGCUCUGCUCGCAGAUCAGUUCAAUCGGAAGUCUGGGUACCCACGAGAAAAGUUCCUGGUUUUUCAGUGAAUUUUGCGAGGCUUUGAAGGGAAAUGAUCGAAAGCUGGAGAAGCCUAUCGUUGCAGCUUGGGGCAUCAAGCGACGAAAUCAUAAAUUUUACAUCCGUUCUUACGAAGCGGGCAUCCUGUUGUUACCUGGUUUUGUGAAUGUGCGUGACGUUUGCGGCUUCGCGUUACUGCUGAUAAAGAGACGAGAAAAUGACGAAUGUGGAAAAUUCAUUGCACCCUGGAAAUUGGAUAGAGCAGAAUUUCUCCCGUGCGCUUGCGGUAGGCAGCUAUGUGAUCAUCCAGUUUUUGCUGUGAUCCCCGAAGGACCCGCUUUUAAUGACUCGAAACAAGAUUCUCCUGCUGCUGGAUUAGCUUCAAAUUCCAGCUCAUUUUUGAAAGUUCCGUCAUCGCGAUCACGAGAUGAAGAGCGAUGGAGUUCACUGCGAAACACCGUUCAGUACCCAACAAAUGCUUAUGGGUUAUCACAUUUUCUUCUUGUGGAUAAUGGCUCCGUUGGUCGGUACGGUUGCGAGGUGGCAUUUCGAAGAAAGCUGGAAAAAUACUUGACGAAAAUGCAUAUUGAAAAGAGCCACAUGUGCAGUGUUCCUAUGGUCUGCGUUAUUGUUGAAGGCGGGCCGAAUACGAUUCGCACUGUUCUGGACUAUGUCACCAAUACACCGCCGGUUCCUGUGGUGAUUUGUGAUGGAUCUGGCCGUGCUGCUGAUAUUCUUGCAUACGCUUACAGGUGGUCGUUGGAAGAUGCUAUGAUGGAUGCGCUGAUCUACAAUCGUUUGGACUUCGUUAAGCUGUUGCUUGAAAAUGGUGUAUCGAUGAAGGAGUUUCUCACUGUAGAUCGCUUGGAAGUCUUGUACAACUGCACGGAAGGACCAUCAAAUACUUUGAAGUACAUAGUCGCCGAUGUACGCCCGGGUGUGUCAGAAGAUAGAUGGAUCACGCUUGUGGAGGUCGGGCUCGUUUUAAACAAGCUCAUGGGAGGUGCCUUUCGGUCGUCGUAUUGUCGCCGAAAAUUUCGGCACAUUUAUAUGGGUGCCGGAAAGCGUGCCAAAGGCGCGCCACCGUUUUACGCGUCCAGUUUAGUGCGGAAUGCUUCUGCCUUUUGGUUUCCUCACUCGCUGAAGCGACAUGGCGUUCACGUCAUUGAUCCAGCGAUGCUGAAUCAAGCUGUCUUCGACCAUCCGUUCAAUGACCUGAUGAUUUGGGCUGUUCUGACGAAACGAAAUGAUAUGGCUGUUUUAAUGUGGCAACAUGGCGAAGAAGCUGUCGCCAAGGCUUUGAUGGCUGUAAAGCUUUUCAAGGCGAUGGCGUAUGAAGCAAAAGACGACGACCUAGAAGUGGAAGUAUACGAAGAUCUCAAGAAAUAUGCGAAGGAAUUCGAAGCUCGAGCUGUUCAGUUGAUGGAUUUCUGCUACCGUCAAGAGCGUGAGCUCACGCAGCAACUGUUGACGGUCGAACUUAGUGCAUUUGGACGGAUGACCUGUCUUAGCUUGGCGUAUGUGGCCAAUCAUAGCGAAUUCUUGGCACAUCCUUGUCCACAGAUGUUGCUUGCGGAUUUGUGGCUGGGAGGAUUGAGAAGUCGCAAAAGCACAAACUUGAAGGUAUCCUUGGAAGUUAUUCUGGGAUUGAUCCUGCCGCCAUUAAUCAUGAAUGUAUUAGAAUUUAAAACUUGCGCGGAGCUGAAGCUUCAACCUCAGACCGAGGAAGAAUGUGAAGACAAGUUUUCAGCUAGAAGUGUGAUCUCAACAUCUUCCAGCGCGUCCAUUUGCUCUAAAGCUAGCACUGUGUCUGAUCCCUCCUUAUCUUCACGCAUUUUUCGCCGGCGUCAUCAUAGCUCAACGAAGGAUACCGAAUUAGAACUUACGAACCAACACAAAUCACUCUGUGAGCAAGGUAGCAUGGAAGGUGCCUUUAGCGUUAAAAGCGAGGAAGAAGCAACCCAUAAUGAUAGCCCUGUGCGAAUCAUGCCUGACCUGGAAUCUCCGAAAAAGAAGAAGCACUGGCGUUCAGGUGGUAGCGGUUCGGAAGUUACGCACAUGUUGCUGAAGAAUGCGGAUCAGGAUAACGCUGGAAAUACGAAAGCGGCCGUGAACGGUUCAAAUUGUGAUGCUAGAUUUCCUUCGGGAAUUUUAGGUCAUCACGUGGCCGUCUUUGGAAAUGAGGUUGAGACAAACAUUCAGCUUCCUCUCAGCCAAAAAGCGUAUGAAUUUUACGCUGCUCCUGUGACGAAAUUUUGGGCUCAUGCGAUAUUCUAUGUCUUAUUCCUUUGGGCGUACACGUUUAUGGUCCUGGUCAAAAUGCCGCCAAGUUUUUCGUGCUUGGAAACCCUCGUCACCAUGUACAUCAUUGCAUUUGGGUCGGAGAAAAUUCGUGAACUGUUCACACAGGAGCCGCACAAGUUUUCGCAUAAAUUCGCCCUUUGGACUUCAAACCUUUGGACCAUAUGCGAUGCGGUUGCCGUCACAUUCUACCUCACCGGAAGUUUACUGAGAUGUUUCGGAUUUUCCGAAUACGGACGGGUUGUUUACUGCGUAGAUAUAAUGUACUGGUACAUCCGCAUUCUGGACUUCCUGUCGGUCAACAAGUACCUUGGACCUUAUGUAACGAUGAUCGGAAAAAUGGUUUUGAACAUGAGCUAUUUCGUCAUCCUUUUGUUCGUGAUGAUAAUGAGUUUCGGUGUCGCUCGACAAAGUCUCCUCUUCCCGGGAAAGCCUUGGAGUUGGGAUUUGUUGCGAGACGUCUUCUUUCAACCGUACUUUAUGCUGUACGGGGAAGUUUUUGCCGCCGACAUAAAUCCAGAUUGUGGGGAGGGAACUGCGAUGAAAUGUGUUCCCGGCAUGUGGAUAACCCCAAUCCUGAUGUCGGGGUACCUGCUCAUGACAAACGUGUUGCUUAUAAAUCUGCUCAUUGCUGUAUUCAAUAAUAUAUUCGACGGAACAAAUUCCAUCUCACGCCAAAUAUGGAUGUAUCAGAGAUAUUCGGUUAUCAUGGAAUACGAACAAAAGCCAUUUCUUCCUCCGCCGUUCAUUUUCUUGGCAUACUUUUGGUUUUUUGGCCGAUUUUGCAUCCGCAGAUGGACAGGAAAGGAAAAAACAUUCGGACGUGGGCUUAAACUAUUUCUUGAUCAAGUUAGUUUGGAACGAGUUAAUGAUUUCGAAGAGGAAUCUUUGGACACCUACUGUGAAGACAUGAAACGGAAAGAGCAAGAAUCUGUACCAGAAAGAAUCAAAGCCAUGUGUGAGAAGACGGAAAACAUUUCCCUGAAGGUCAACGAAAUCAUGCAACGAGUUGAUGUGGAGCUCGCUGGACUAGACAUGCGUUUGGCGAGGAUGGAACUUGUUUUGGACUCGUGUUCAGACCGACAAGUACCGUUGUCUGCGGUUCCUCGGAGGGCGUCUCAGGAGAGACACAUGUCCCCCGACAAUGACGAACUCUUGUCAGAAAUUUCUCGCCCGCGUUUGGCUAGCGUAUCGAGUAGGCACAGCCUUAAGGGACUUCGACUGAGAGACAGUGAAGGCGGUAUCCUGGAUGUAAAUGUCGAAACUGCUCCUGAAAUUGGUCAGGCCCUUCCACAGCAUCAUUCGGAUCCGAGAUUAAGAGUACAUUCAAUGUCGAGACGCAGAGCGGGAAGCAUCACUGUGUCAAGGCCCGUUCGUCGCCAGAGCAGUGGUAGUUCGGAUGGAUUUCCCCGUCCGCCUUCGUUGGGGUCUUGUGGUUCUCCGUUGAUAAAUGCCCAUGAUGCUGAUCGUUGUGGUCGUAAAAAAAGUCUGAAGGCUGGUGACGCCGAGAGAGACAAAACGCUUUACGAGCCGGUGAAUUUCUACGUCGAAGGGGAUUUGCAGAAGGAUGAACAACAACAAACUGCUUUUUCGUCCGGCUUUCGUGAAUCGAGCAAUUCUAGCGCUCCAACUUUCCAGGGAGAUCCUGACUUUCCUGGGAUUGAUCCCUUCUCCUUCGCCUUCAAAUCUGUUGGAUCAAAUUUGCCGGAUACAAAUUACUUUUCUAAGCCGGCUAUUCAAAUAAUUCCACCAACGCCUCCGGUGUUCUUCAGUGGACCAAACGAAGUGCUGGACGAUGCUGAAAUCGCCUUUCCUUUCAUGAGAACAAGUUUUCGUCCGCCAAUGAUGGGCCGAAUGAGACGUCUCUCAGAAUCGGCAUCUCUUGAUGAAACGGAAACGAAAGCUUUGCGUGAAGCGGAACAAACACACUAUUUCCUCAUGGAAAAUGUUCUCAAGGAUAGACUGUUGGGGGUUUCAGAAAUGUUCGACGAGCGCGAGGAAGAUGUGACCGAGAAUGUGUCCGUGAAUUCUUCGAAGCAAAUUUCGACUGAUGACGGCUUCAAUGGAAGCACGACUUUCGAUGGUCUCAACCUGAAGAAGGAAAGCAACAAGGAUCUAUGGGAUGCUUUGUUGAAGAUGGAUUCAACAAAAAUAACCGUUCUGAAGAAGCCAUCAACUCACAAAGGACGCUCAAUGAUGAAUCUCACGAAAAUUGCUGAAACUGUUUAUGAUCAAAAUACGGUGAACCUGUCGACUUUGUCGCUUCCCGUUCUGCAAGGGAAUGGAACCUCGGAAUCUCGCCUAUCCUAAGACAUCGUUCUUCGCAUCUCAGCGCGGAGGGUUCGCAUUCUUAUCAGGAUGAUCUGAAUUUGUUUAGUUGUGAUAGUCUCCGGGUAGUGAUUCAGACGACUGCUGUCACUCCUAGGCUUGAAAAAUUCAUUUAUUUCCAAUUGUUCCAUUCCGUAUUCGGUUUGAGGUUCGAUCGACCGUUUCGUUCGCCUGUGAGACACGACCUAUCUCAAGUUGUAAAUCUGCUCAAAAUGGCUCUUCCAUGACAGAAGAAGCUUUAAGUUUUUGCUUCAAAUGGUCCGAGCCAGGUGUUCAGAUCUGCUUCUAAACAAUUUUAUGCGUUAAUGCUUUCAUCCCGGGGCAUUUUGCGGGUUCUGAGGCGUUUUUAGCAAGGAAAAUUUUCUCUAAGGCUCUAAUGAAGGUUUUAUUUGAUGGUCUGUGAUCAAGUUCGUUCAUCAUUUAUCUGGUCCAUGAUGAAUAUACCUGACUUGAGUGCCGGAAGCAAUAUGCUGAAUACAGAACUUGUAUAUUUUUGAAAUCUUUUCGACGGUGACAGGUAUUAUUAUCCAUGCUGGCUUUCCGACUUUCGCGGAUUUUGAGUCAACAUGUUGCAUUUUAUUGCUGUGUCUAGUUGGCAUAAAAAGAAGAAAAAAACUGAUCGUCUUUCAGCAGCCAUGUUCGGAUGACAUGCGUGCGCCGUUGUAGAAUCCGCGCCCAGUAUACUUGUUUAGCUAUUAAUUGUGGUGCCAUUCUGUUUACGAAUUGUGUUUCCAAGUGCCAGUUUUAGCAUCACGGAAUGAAUAAUUAGCUGAAAUUCGUCAUUCCAGUCGGCUUGUUAUUCGGUUGCGGCGAGACACGUGAUGAGCUUGAAGGAUGAUACCUAGUUGGAAUACAGUACUGUGAUGCAUGAUGUUACGGGAAUUUGUUGGAAGUUCUGGGAAUAGACGUCGUUAUGUCGAAGUUUA